CAUUGAUGUCGUUGCUGUGAGCUUCGCGGUAUCCUCAUCUCAUGAUUCGUGCUGCCUGCAAUUUGACCGAACGAUAUUCCCGGCAGGUUGUUAACGCGCACGCGUGAAAUAUUGAAUUCGAGGCCAGUGGGAUAAAGCAGUGGUGACAGGAAUCCUGUUUCGAGGAGACGCGAUGACGGAGAACGACGCUGUAGAGUCGGCAGUUGCGAUGUCAAGGUUGACGAUCAUGAGCGGAGGGGUCGAGGAAUUGGAAUAUUUCGAAGAGACUUCGGUGAAUCGACAGCCCGAAGCGAAGAUGCACUUGUUGCAACAUUCAUGGACGUUCUGGUUCGACAAUCCCAAUGGAAAACAGAAGCAGGCGACGUGGGGAACCUCCCUCCGUGAGGUGUACACUUUCUAUACUGUGGAACAAUUUUGGGGUUUGUACAACAAUGUGUUGCCGCCUAGCAAGAUGUCUGCCAAUGCAGAUUUUCAUUGCUUCAAGACUGGAAUCCAGCCCAAGUGGGAGGACCCGAAAUGCGCUCAUGGUGGCAAAUGGACUGUUCAGCUUCCAAGAAGCGGCGGCAAGAUGCUUCUCGACACCUACUGGCUUUAUACCCUGCUGGCGAUGAUUGGAGAACAAUUCGAUGAAGGCGAUGAAAUUUGCGGAGCAGUGGUUAGUGCUCGGAGGGCCCAAGAUAAGAUCGCCAUCUGGACCACAACCGCUUCCAACGAGAAUGCUCAGAUAAGCAUUGGUACGCAAUGGAAGGAUGUACUGGACUAUCACGAAAAACUUGGAUAUGUCUUUCACGAUGAUGCUAAGAGACAAGAGAAGAACGCAAAAAGCAGGUAUACGGUGUGAGCCUGAAAUUUUAUCACUCUUGUGCGGACCACUAAAGUUAUAUUUCGAUGGUUCUUUUUGUCACCAGACCAUCCGCUUUGUAGACAGUUCAGGAAGGAUGUGAGAAAGAUAGAAAGUUGUAAUUGUGCAAUCCUUUUAGGAAGAUAGAGGGAUGGAAUGAAACCUGUCCUUUACUGUUUUUAGUUAAUUUUGAUGUUUUAUAAAAGGAGGGGGUGGAGGUUAGGAUAGGUUUGAAUUCAUAACUAGCUCUAAACCACAGGUGAAACUUGCGAACCGACAUUGUAUUACAUUUUUCGGUGCAGAUUUUUUUACCUCACAAUUUGUAUGAUUAUUUGUAUACCAUUUAAGCAAAAUAAUUUUGGAUUUGAUA